AUGGGCUGCAAGCAGAGCCGCACAGCACCGGUACACGUACAAGUACGGGAAGCCCCGGCGGUGGCUGGGGGCAGGCCAAAGUGUGCCCGCGAAGGCUGCAACUUUGCCAGGCACACCGACCAGCCGCAUGGCUUCUGUUGCAACGCUUGCCGGGUAAAUGGUCAACACGGACCGCUCUGUCAGAAGCACACUUGGCCGAUUGCACCGCCCCCGGAUGAUCGCUUCAAGCUGCGUUGGCACCCGUCGCUGCUCUUCGGGAAAGGUGCCACAGGGAUGAAGGACUUCGCCGACCUCUCGGCCACCGAAACCAUGCACAUCGUGGCCCACAAAGGGGAGCUUUUCGCCUCGUUUGGAAAAUGGAUGAGCCCGGAUUUCCAGAAGCGGCCGUGCAAGAACUUCGUGGGCAGGCUGAGCUCCUCAGAUGGCCAGUGGGAGGUGGACAUGCGUUGCCAAGGGACUUCGGAGCAUGCCGCGCGGUUCAGUUGCUUGAAGAGUAUCACGUGGACGCGUGACUUCCGUGGUCGUGAGUUGAGUCCUGCAGUGGAGCAGCUAACUGCGUGCUACGGCUUGGGCCCCCAUGGCAACAUCAUCAUGUUUCGCGAUGAUAACGACCAGAAGGCACCUGGAACGCAGUACAAAUGGAGCGAGACUAACUACACGGGGAAGAUUACUGAUCCUACGCCCAGCGGCUCUGCAAGAGCAGUGAUCGUGCAUCGAGAUGCCGUCACCGGCAUUGACCGAAUCUUUGCCCUGCAUGGCGUACGAGGAGCGCUGUCUGGGCAUUACGAUGCUGACAGCAAGACACCAGGCCACGUGGUUUGGGAUAAGGAUCCAGAGAGGCUGGAUCUGUCAGCAGGCAAAGGAGGCGCAACGAAACUAGAGUUUCGCCCGCUGGCUUUCGUCAUUGCCAACGGCAAGCUUUACAUGUCGGCCGCGUCCGUGAUUCUGCAACGGGUCGACGGUCACACCCCUGUUUGGAAAGUGGUUACUGACAUUGCGAAGUUUCGAAAAGAUGGCAAAUUCCACGAGGCGGUGGGUGGGAUUCGAGGCCUCACGGCCGUACCGUGCCCAUCGAACCCCAAGCAGGACUCCAUCCUAUGCUGCUGGAACCCAAAUUCCGAGUCUCAUUCCUGGAUCCUUCGCAUGGAUCCCAGCAAUGAUGGAAACUUAAAGCCGCCGGUGGAGGAGAGCUCCAUCCGCAAGCUCGCCAAGGCCUACUUAGGCACUGAAGACCUGCACUACUCCAUCGGUGCCUACAAUGACAUGCUGCCCACUACUUUCGGUACUCAGAGAUGCCACCUGAUCGGCUUCCAGAUCUAUCUGGGUGGCAGCGCGAUGAGUGCAGGCCCUGACCCCGGACAGAAGAACUACUGGGCUGGUGGCGGCUUUGCUGUCCGUGUAGCUCACGAUGAUUACUACGUCCUAGAAGUGGGCGGCCGCGGUAGCAAAAGCCAUCGGCCGCUUACGGCCGUUCGCUGCUAUGCAAAUUCACCGUUCAAAGAUGAAGCUGGCACUGUCUACUUUGGCGGAUACGACUGCAACAGCUUCCCUUCGAAUAACACAGCGUGGAUUUACAAGGGAAUAGCAUGA